GUUAGCUCCUCUUAUCUGCUUCCUGUUUCUCCACAACGACUUACAUCAAGCUCGGAGGAGCUGCUCACUCAGAGCUCUGCAUUAAAACCCACUGGUUUGGAUCAUUUGGAUAUAGAGAAGCUUUAACAUCCCUCUCAGCAGUGAAACAGGCACUGAAGAAGAACGGACUGAAUAUCUCAGCAAUGGGUUUCCAGCAACCUUGCCUGCGGAAGCGAAAACAGCUGGUGAACUUCAUCCUCCUGUGUGUUGCCGCGUUCAUAAUGUUCAAGAUGGCGGAAAGAUAUUUAAAGGAGGCGAACCAGAACCUCAACCCAACUGGAAAACUGGGCAGCACAGUAACACAACUCCGGCGCUGGAUACAGAGUAUUACACAUAAAGCUCCAACAAAAGUUGCAACCUCAUUUAUUGCAGUCAAGACGACAAAGACGCUGCUGGUAUCAGCUUAUCUAGAACACCGCACAAACCCACGGCAGGUUCGGGUUAUCGCAGUGGUGCUGCGUGAAGAGACGGUCGCCUACCGCUGCGUCUUGCUCUGCCGCAACAACCAGACCCACGUCUCAGACGGCGACCUGCAGAUCCACAACGACCACUUCGGCUUCCGCUACGGCACCGCCGACAUCCUGUGUGUCAUACCGUCAUCAUGCGACACGCCGUCGCACGUCGCCGUGGCCUCCGCGGCAUUUAAAGAGGAAUAUCGGCAUGAAUUUUUGGAGGUGAAGAACGAAAACAAAAAGACGGAAUCCUUUAAUCACACCUUCACCGUCUGUCUGUCCACCAUGUUCGAUUUCAACAAUGUGCUGCAGUUUGUGCAGAGUUUAGAAAUGUUUCGGCUUCUGGGAGUGAGCAAAGUGUUUGUCUACAAAACCAGCUGCAGCGCUAAAACCCAACGCGUCCUGAACUACUACACCAGAAAAGGUAUCAUAGAGGUGAUUCCUUGGUCCAUGUCCGGCUUCCUGAAUGUCUCUCGCGGAUGGCUGCCCUCACACGGCCCCGGUGACCUCCACUACUUUGGGCAGAUCGCCGCGCUCAACGACUGCCUCUACCGGAACAUGUACCGGUCCAAAUACGUGGCUCUGCACGACGUGGACGAACUCAUCCUGCCCCAGACGGUCAAAACCUGGACGGAGCUGCUGCCUCUGCUGGAAAGUAAGUACAAUCGAGACAAAUGCUACAUGUUUGAAAACAACGUGUUCCCCAACAACAUGACGCUGCCACGGAGCGAGACCGACCCGGCCCGCUGGCGGGGCGUCCCGGGCGUGGACGUCCUGGCCCACCUCCACCAGGAGCCCGUCACCAAAGAACACGUUUACGAAAAGUUCAAGAUCAUCGUCAACCCUCGACUCGUCAUCUCCGUCUCUGUUCACGGCGUGCUCAAGUCCCACAGCCUGAACGGCUGCGUCUGGGUGGACCGGAACAUCGCGCGGAUGUACCACACCAGAGCUCAGAUGCAGAUCAGUCUGACUUCAGAGCAGCUGGUUUAUGACGGCAGACUGCUGAACUACAGCGAAACGCUCAUCAAGGCCGUUAACGUGACGCUCAGCGAGAGCGGGAUUCUCUGACGGCUCGACUCAACCCACCGCUUCAACUAUCAGACUUUUCAUUUUACCUGAAUGGAAAAACUCAAGAUUCCCAUCCGUCAAGAAGACAUUGACCAGAAACAGGAGAAUUAAAAAUGUGCUCAGUGAAAGUACUUAACUCCACACAUCUUUGAAAAUGUAUAAAUGGGAAAGAAAUUAAGGAAAAAUACGGUUUUAAGUACAUGGUGUGGUGAAGAUUUGAAAGUUUACUGGAACACAAAACUAAACGAUUGUCGUCAGUCUGAGAAAAACCAGAAGGAUUCAGUGAGGCAAGAAAACCAGAAAAGACUCUUUACUCUUUCAUCUGGCAGCUGAAUGAAUGAAUGAAUGAAUGAGGAGCAACUCUCCUCAAGGCAACUUGUAACUGUCAUGUUGCUGCAACACUUCAACCUCAACCAAGCUGUUUGCCAAAUUGGAUAAUAACUAGUAACAUUCACCAUUAAACAGUUCAAUGAAUACGAAA